AUGAGAGUGCUGACGAUUUUGCUCGCACUUUCCGUGCUGUCAUCUGCAUCUGUGGACAAGUACACUGGUUGCUUGGGUGGCAUCCAGACUGCCAUCUCAUCUCUCAAUUUCAAUGUCACUGAUCCCAGUGACUACUACGGCAAUGGAUGCACUAACGAGCUCCUGGUGAACUCGAUGUGGGCAGCGGCCAAGGUCUAUUGUACCGCGGAGCAGAUCGUCGCCGGCUCAGAACUGUUUGAUGGGUACUGCACAGAAUAUGGCGGUGUUGAACUGGUGUCUUAUUCCGAGGUUCUUCCCAUCCUCACCAACAGCUAUAUCAGGUCACUUCCGGUUGCCGAGUACAGCGACCUGGAAAACUUUACGCUCUUCAACACACCGGUCUUGAUUUCCAGGUCCCUGUACAAGACAUCCAGAGACACUUAUGUAAUAUUCGACGUUGAAUAUGUCCUGCACGAAAGAUACGGCUGGGCAGUGUAUGGGUUUUGGGGUGGGCUCCUGCUGAUAGGCACUAUCAACCGCAUUGCCACGCAUUUCUUCCACUCUCGCCGCCUAAGAGCUAGGACAGACGUCGAAGGCAGCCAGUCCUCCGAUUCCCCACGAAGCCGCUCUGGCCUCACCGGCGCUGCCAGUGCAGUCCAUCAUUGGCUCAGGGCACAUAUAAUCAUUCCGGCGGCAUUCGGCUCACACCACACCCGCCCCUUGCUUUGGUCUACCAUUCCGACGCGGAUGGAGACGAUCAUUGUGGUGGCUUUCUGGGUCAUGACGUUUAUUUUGUGCUGCGUCAGCUAUUAUAUCUUCUCGCCCAACCUUUACUAUACCGAGCCGCAGCAGGCCUGGCGCUAUAUCUCGGACCGCACUGGCAUAAUCUGCUACGCCACCCUGCCCUGGCUGUGGAUGUUCGCUGGCAGGAACAACAUCUUUCUCUGGCUUACCGGUUGGAGCUUCGCAACAUUCAACAUCUUCCACCGACAUAUCGCUCGCUGUGCUACAGUCCUUGCAAUUGUCCAUUCAGUUGGAUGGUCGGUUUUAGAGGCAAACUUGGGCUACUUUGCUGAAUCAUGGACCGAACAAUAUUGGUACAUGGGUGGAAUGGCGACAGUUGCAAUGAGCUUGAUAGUACUGUUCUCUUUCAUGUGGUUCCGAGUCAGAUCAUAUGAGCUCUUCCUCCUCAUACACAUUGCACUUUCGGUGAUAACAUUGGUCGGGUUGUUCUACCACACUCGUAUAUUUGAAGGCGAAUACGAUGGCUACCUGUGGCCGCCAGUCGCAAUCUGGUGCUUCGAUCGGGCCGUACGUCUGGUGAGGUGGGCAUAUUGCAAUGUCCAUGUCAAGCGGUCGAGCUCCAUUGUUGGCACGAAGGCAACCGCGAGCUACGAUAAAGACGCAAACCUCAUCAGACUCGAAGUUGUCCCCGGAUCUCGCAUGCUUAAGCCCGGACCUGGUCAGCACUACUUCCUGUACCAACCGCUAAGAUUGAAAGGCUGGGAAAACCAUCCCUUCACACUGGGAGCUUACGAAAAGAUUGGGGACUGCGACGCCCUCGGCACAGCCGGAUCUCCAAACGAGUAUAAGGCAACCGAACAACCAUCCAGGACCAAGGAAAUACAAGUCAGGACCACGAGCCCGUCCUCGAGCACUUCUUCGGAUGUGAGCCCAGCGCCGUCACAACUUGAAGUUUCGACGUUUCAAGACGCGGUUGGCCAGCAAAAACUCACUUUCUUCAUCCGCCCGUUCAGCAGCUGGACUAGGCGUCUCCGUGAGGAGUGUCUGAAGUCCCCCAAAGGAACUAUCACGCCGAGUAUGUUCAUCGAAGGGCCCUACGGCGAGCGCAGCCCACUGAACGCCUUCGAAACCGUCGUCUUCAUUGUCGGUGGAACUGGUAUUGCUGGUGCACUGCCCUACAUUCUUGAACACAUCCGGACAACCGGACAUGCAAAGAUGUCAACUCGUGAGGGCAGGCUCGCCACCCGUACUAGAAAUAUCACGCUGGUCUGGUCCGCCAAGCAGUCCGCCAUGAUCCGUAAUAUCGCUGCACACGAGUUGAAACCGAUACUGGGUCACGGGGAUAUUCAUGUCCACCUGCAUGCGACCUCUUCAGCCGAAAUGCACAGCAGCUCUGACGUGAAGCGCAAAGAGAUGGCUAUUGCUGAUAUGGACCUCAAAACCACGACCGCCACGAACAGCACCAACGACGAACUGGCCAUCUCGUAUGGCCGGCCCGAUAUCCGGCAGACGAUCUUGGAUCUAGUCAACGAUGUGCACGACGCUGGUGCCGCUGGGGGCAGGAUUGCCAUUCUAACAUGUGGCCCAGGAGGCAUGGCCGACGAGGCGAGGGCUGCAGUGCACACAGCUCUGAAGCAGGGCAAGAGAGCCGUCGAAUAUAUCGAAGAAACAUUCGGGUAA